UUGGUUUUGACCUGGAGACGCGUCGUCCCUCGUGACUGCCAGCAAUAGCGUAACAAAAAGCGGAUGUUCUUACCAAGCUAGCUAACAUAGGACAAGGUUUUAUGAAGCUGGCUAACGAUAGCUAGGUGGUCAGGAUUUUCACUUUCACAUUUGAAAAAAUAGACAUACAUCCCGGAAAACUGACAUAAGGACAACAUUUUUCAUGUUGUCCCUGCGCCGUUUUAUCGCCGUUUGAUUGUUGAACAGCAUAAUUACGUUAGUUCCAGGGAAGGAUGGCCUCCCGUAAGAAGGUGCUGCUGAAGGUGAUCAUCCUCGGAGACUCUGGGGUAGGGAAGACAUCUCUGAUGAACCAGUAUGUAAAUAAGAGGUUCAGCAACCAAUACAAGGCCACUAUAGGAGCUGACUUCCUCACCAAGGAGGUGAUGGUGGAUGACAGGCUGGUCACCAUGCAGAUCUGGGACACGGCGGGGCAGGAGCGGUUUCAAUCUCUGGGUGUGGCGUUCUAUCGUGGGGCUGACUGCUGUGUGCUGGUCUAUGAUGUCACAGCGCCCAACACCUUUAAGACUCUGGACAGUUGGAGGGAUGAGUUCCUGAUCCAGGCCAGCCCCAGAGACCCAGAUAACUUCCCCUUUGUGGUGCUAGGCAACAAGAUUGACCUCGAGAACAGACAGGUGACGACAAAGCGUGCCCAGGCCUGGUGUGCCAGUAAGAACAACAUCCCCUACUUUGAGACCAGUGCCAAGGAGGCCAUCAACGUAGACCAAGCAUUCCAGACCAUCGCCCGCAACGCCCUCAAACAGGAGUCUGAGGUGGAGACGUAUGACUUCCCAGACCAGAUCAAACUGAGAGACGAGCGGCCCUCCUCCUCCAGCGACGGCUGCUCCUGCUGAGACCAACGACGGACAGACGUUGGAUGGAGGAGAGGACCGGGAGGACAUGUGUGCAUCUCAAUAGUGCUCCUUGUCUCCUUUUUGUCCUCUGCACCGGUGUGAAAGAUUGGGACAGGUGAAGCCAAGGCCAUCUCCCCACAGCCUUCCUGUGUUCUCACAUCAGUGCAGAUGAAGGAGAGGAAGCCACUUUAGGCUAUUGAGAUGCACCCCCCCGCCCUCCCUUCCUCAGUCAGCUACAGAAGAUUCCAGAUGAAAAGAAAGAAAACACAUUUUUCUUAACUCACUGUCUCCUGUGGUGACCUGACCGAUAGGAAGGAGAGGAGAAUCCCCCAUUUGCACAGCAUCACUUUUUAAUAAGAUGGAAAAUACAAUCAUGAUGCUCCUAUUAUAAUCAUUUCUAAUGUUGUCAUGUCUUUUCGUUCUUGUCGUUUUAAUUGUUUAAUCCUUACUUUUAUACUAAGGUAUAGACUAUUGGUCUGUUUGUUUGUGAUCAAAGUAGAAGUUGUCAUUAACUACUGAUCUAGGAUCAGAUUACUCUUGGCCAAACCUUAACCAUUAGAGGGAUUGGUUAGGAGCAACUCUUACUUACUCUUCUCGCUCUGUGCCUUUCAUCUCAUGACAAGUAUUACUGCAGCAGAUCUGUCAUAUCAAUCUAUAUAUACAGUAUAUGUGUUGUUUUUCUGCCUUUCAGCAGUCCUUAUGUUGCCAAACUGUCAACCCCUAGACCCUUUGACAUUUUUCUAUUUGAAUCAAUUGUAUUUCAUAAGUUUCUGUUUUAAACAGUUGUGUAGAGGGUGCUAAGCUAACCAGAUGCAGUGAAGGUAAAUGUGUGCAAUCAGAAUACGACGGUGUGCACUGACGUUCUCUCGACCCAACAGCAACAUUGGUUCUGUUCUUUUAUACUGGUUAGUUCAGUACAUUUCUUAUUUUGUUAUCCAUACUACGCAACUAUAUCCCUGUACCUCUACAGGGAUAUAGUUGCGUAGUAUGGAUAACAAAAUAAGAAAUGUACUGGUCAUACAUUUUAUGGAAUGAGGACAUGAGAUGAGCAGUCACUAUGGGCUUAUCUCAAGUCACUAUGGGCUUAUCUCAAGUUUAAACCCUAGCCCCCGCAAGGCCCCUAAUACAUCAAAAAUGAUCUGAUUUGUGUAAGCAGUGUGGUGCUAGUGAAAUAGUAGUUGGUCAUAUUGCUUACACUACUUCUCAGGUCUACCAGGAGGCUAUCUAGAAGUGUCUAGGGAAAGAGGGUUUGGGACUGGACCUAUAUCCUCUGCCCUAACUGGGCUGUGCCCCUCUUUGGUCCUACUGAUCACCUCUCUUCCAUUCCACUGUCUUAAAUUUGCCUUCCUAUUCUACACCAUCCACUAGCGUUGCUGUGUGUUCUAGUAACAGAAAUGAUUUGUCUCAUUCAUGCCAACAACCAAUGAGCAAAAAUCCUUAGUCAUCUAUCUACGUGAACAUUUUCACACAACUCCUACUUCAACUGUCAUCUUUUGUUGCAUAUCUCUUCACUGUAAAACAUAAAUGUUUACUUUAUGGGAA